CUGUCUCUCUCUCUGCCUCUCUCUCUGCUGUCGCUUCUCUUUCCCCCAUGGCCUUAUUCUGCUAGCCUCUGCUUCUCUCGCAGUCCCACUCGUAGGUCUAAGGGGUCCCCAAAGACGGAAUUUUUACAGGGUUGCCACCUGAAAGGACCGUCAAAACGGCUUCUUGUAUCCUGAACACUAGCAGCAAGCUGAAAAGACUUGUGGAAUUCAUGGCUAUGGGGGUCUCCAGCUCUCAAACCACCCCUUUUCGACCACUUUCUUCCUCUGCUUUCCCAUUAUCCUAUUCAUGGGUUUUUCAUUCUGCCGCCUCUAGGUCCAACUCGGUGGCUUCCUCUAGAACCCUUUGCAGGGCAAAACAUUUCUUGCGACUUAAGACAGGUUCUUCUACCUUAGCUAAGAUGGUUUACCAUGGCACAGAUGAAGAUGUUUCUAAUGCCAUUCUAAAGAGAACAAGUAAUAACCAGCGAAACAAUGAACCCAUGCUAGUUCAUGCCAAUUCUAUGGCACCAUCUUUUCUAUUUCGGUGCGGGACUAGACCCAGUGCCUCUCCUGUUGCUCCUCAAACUACUAUCCCCAAUUCAUGGAUCAGUUUAACUCACAAGAUGCAAGAGGAUAAAAAGAUAUUUAGAGACACUUUACAAGAUGGUACCAACAAUCAAAGUCGUACUAGUAUGUGGAAGACUAACCUGUCCAUUAACUCAACUGAUCAGAAAGCAGCAAUUUCUGAAAAAGUUGAAGAAGGUAGUUUUAUUUAUGAUAGGGAUCAUAAACACCUGCAAACCUGUACUAAACCAAGGCCUAUGGAAAACAAACAAGUAGUUGUGAAGGAAAUAAAUGGUUUCAAGCAGCAAAAAGGUUCAACUACUUCAGAAAUUUCUAGCAGUAAGUUCUUGUUAGAGAAGACUUUUGAGGAAAAGAAAGACGCAGGAGAUGCAAGCACAGAUGCUACUUGUAGGGACCAAAGUACUGAUGAGACUAUCAUAGUCAGCAUUGACAAGGCAAACCAGGACAAUAUUCUCAAGAAUCUUAGCAACAUUUAUGGCCGAGUACUUGUUGUAGAUAAUAUCUCCCUUGCAAAGAAGGUUGUUGGGAUGCUUACAACCGAAUACAGACAUCUUGUUCAUGCAUGUGAUACUGAGGUAUCAAGGAUUGAUGUGAAGCAAGAGACACCUGUUGAUCAUGGAGAGAUAAUAUGCUUCAGUAUUUAUUCUGGAAAAGAUGCAGAUUUUGGAAAUGGCAAGUCCUGUAUCUGGGUAGAUGUUCUUGAUGGCGGUGGCCGGGAUCUUCUGGUUGAAUUUGCUCCUUUUUUUGAAGAUCCUUCAAUAAAAAAGGUUUGGCACAAUUAUAGCUUUGACUGCCAUGUUAUCGAGAACUAUGGUCUUAAGGUUUCUGGAUUUCAUGCUGACACAAUGCAUAUGGCACGUUUGUGGGAUUCAUCAAGACGAAUAGAGGGUGGGUAUUCUCUUGAAGCACUUACAAGUGAUUACAGGGUAAUGUCUAGAGGUAACUCGUGGAAACAUAACUUGCAGAAAGAAGGAUUGAUUGGUAAAAGAUCAAUGAAAACUAUCUUUGGAAAGAAAAAGGUGAAAAAGGAUGGAUCAGAAGGUAAAAUUGUCACCAUUCCUCCUGUGGAAGAGCUACAACAAGGAGAAGAACGCAAAUCCUGGAUAUCUUAUUCUGCCUUAGAUGCAAUAAGUACACUAAAUCUUUAUGAGAGCUUAAAGUACAAGCUACUUAGAAUGCAUUGGCAAUUUGAAAGAGCAGUUCCUCAGGAAAGCAUGUUUGACUUCUAUCAAGAAUACUGGCGACCAUUUGGUGAGCUUCUAGUUAGAAUGGAAGCUGAGGGAAUGCUGGUUGAUCGUGCAUAUCUUGCUCAGUUAGAGAAGGUGGCUAAAGCAGAGCAAGAGAUCGCUGUUAAUAGAUUUCGCACCUGGGCAUCCAAGUAUUGCCCUGAUGCCAAGUAUAUGAAUGUGGGAAGUGAUGCCCAGCUGCGCCAGCUCUUGUUUGGUGGCACCACUAACAGAAAGGAUCCCAAUCAGAGUCUUGAUGAUGAGAGAAUAUUCAAAGUUCCCAAUGUUGAUAAAGUGAUUGAAGAAGGCAAAAAGUCCCCCACAAAGUAUCGCAGUAUCAAGUUGUGUAGCCUUGGUUAUGUACUACCUGCUGAGAAGUUUACUGCCAGUGGUUUGCCCUCAGUUAGUGGCGAUGCUUUGAAGAUCCUAGCUGGAAAGGUUUCUGUAGAGUACAAUUUUGCAGAUGAUGCCUGUGAUGAAGCUUCAAAUGCAGAAGGGCCACCUAUUGAUGACGUCAACACAUCUGAUUAUGGCACAGCUUAUGAAGCAUUCAGAGGAGGAGAAAAAGGGAAGCAGGCAUGCCAUGCUAUUGCUUCAUUAUGUGAAGUUUGCUCCAUUGACUCUUUAAUAUCCAAUUUCAUUCUCCCAUUGCAGGGGAGUAACGUCUCUGGCAAGAAUGGGCGUAUCCAUUGCUCAUUGAAUAUAAACACAGAAACUGGGCGCUUGUCUGCUAGGAGGCCAAAUUUGCAGAACCAACCUGCCCUAGAGAAGGACAGGUAUAAAAUCCGUCAGGCAUUCAUAGCUGCUCCUGGGAAUUCUCUUAUCGUAGCUGAUUAUGGUCAGCUGGAAUUAAGGAUUCUUGCACAUCUUGCCAACUGUGAAAGCAUGUUGAAUGCCUUCAAAGCGGGUGGAGAUUUUCAUUCAAGGACUGCAAUGAAUAUGUACCCACAUAUCCGUGAAGCCAUUAAGAAUAAGCAAGUUCUUCUUGAGUGGCAUCCUCAACCUGGUGAAGAUAAACCACCAGUUCCACUUUUAAAGGAUGCUUUUGCUUCUGAAAGGAGAAAGGCUAAAAUGCUUAACUUUUCUAUUGCAUAUGGAAAAACUUCAGUGGGCCUCUCCAGGGAUUGGAAGGUUACUGUGGAAGAAGCCAAGGAAACAGUUGAUCUCUGGUAUAAAGAUAGGCCAGAAGUGCUUAAGUGGCAGGAUCAACGUAAAUAUGAAGCUGAAACGAAAGGAUGUGUUUACACAUUGCUGGGACGGGCUCGCCGUUUCCCAUCGUUUGCCAGUGCCACAAAUCCUCAAAAAGGUCAUAUGAGACGGGCUGCUAUCAAUACCCCUGUUCAGGGAAGUGCUGCUGAUGUUGCCAUGUGUGCCAUGUUAGAAAUAUCAAAGAAUGCACGUCUGCAGGAGCUUGGUUGGAGGCUUAUUUUACAGGUUCACGAUGAAGUGAUCUUGGAAGGACCAACUGAGUCAGCUGAGGAAGCCAAGGCAAUAGUCGUUGAGUGCAUGUCAAAACCCUUCAAUGGCAAGAACAUACUUAAUGUUGACCUUGCGGUUGAUGCCAAGUGUGCUCAAAACUGGUAUGCUGCAAAGUAGACGGUGGGAUCUGGCAGUAGCUGACAUCAAUUUUGGCAUCCUACACUAACCUGCGGUGGUGAGAUUAUUUUGUGCCUUGAUGAGGUAGCUCAGUGCCUAGACCAUCCAGAGUUCUUUGCUGGUUUCGGCAGUCGGUUUGAUUUCUUGAAAGGUUUUUGCAGUAGGGAUCAGUAUGGUUGAGCUGAUGUGGUGUUGACUGAUGACAUUAGCUCCAGCAAUUCUUACUGAAGGAUGGAUAUGGGUGGGGUAAACUGACGCUUUGCUAGCAUUGUUUAUGUGCGAGAAUCGCACCGGGUGUACAGUGAAUUUGUUGAUUAAUGGUUCAUUGUAAGAAAUCCUAGACUGCUACUUUUAACAAGGAUGGAAAGACACGGCUUAACUGGAUUAUAACUGAUAUAAAAUGCGUCCAAUUCU